UGUACUAAUACACAACAAAUCACAGUCCUGCAGAGGGGCGCGCAAAUGAGUUCCUAUUUUGUGAAUCCCACUUUCCCUGGGAGCCUGCCCAGCGGCCAGGACUCCUUCUUGGGCCAGCUGCCCCUCUACCCGGCCGGCUAUGACGCGCUGAGGCCCUUCCCGGCCUCUUACGGGGCGUCGAGUCUUCCGGACAAGACGUACACCUCACCUUGUUUCUACCAACAGUCCAACUCGGUCCUGGCCUGCAACCGGGCAUCCUACGAGUACGGGGCCUCAUGUUUCUAUUCUGAUAAGGACCUCAGUGGCGCCUCACCCUCGGGCAAUAGCAAGCAGAGGGGCCCCGGGGACUACCUGCACUUUUCUCCCGAGCAGCAGUACAAACCCGACAGCAGCAGCGUUCAGGGCAAAGUCCUCCAUGAGGAAGGCACCGACCGGAAGUACACGAGCCCUGUUUACCCCUGGAUGCAGCGGAUGAAUUCCUGUGCUGGUGCGGUGUAUGGAAGUCACGGGCGCAGAGGCCGCCAGACCUACACGCGCUACCAGACGCUGGAGCUGGAGAAGGAAUUCCACUUUAACCGCUACCUGACUCGGCGGCGCCGCAUCGAGAUCGCUAACGCGCUCUGCCUCACCGAGCGCCAGAUCAAGAUCUGGUUCCAGAACCGGCGCAUGAAGUGGAAAAAGGAAAAUAAACUCAUCAAUUCCACACAGCCCAGCGGGGAAGACUCUGAGGCCAAGGCGGGCGAGUAGACUCCAGGGCAGGAAGGAGGGACCAGGCCAGCGU